AUGUCUGGUGACGUUUACAGUCAGUAGAUUUUUGCGCGAAGGUGCAGAUGUUGGCGGUCUGAAAAGAGAGAAGAAGAUCUUGGCUGAGGUCUGUUCAAGCUGAAACACUUGACGUGGUAUCAAAAAGGCAACAUUUCUGCUGAAAUGGAAAGCUGUGGAGACAUCCAAGUGAAGGAGCUGAACAAGCGUGCUUCAGGUCAAGCAUUUGAGCUCAUCCUGAGCCCUGCCACCCCAGAUGCCAAGGCUGAAUUUCCGUUGUCCCCUCUUAAGAAAAAGGAAACAUCACUGGAUGAGAUUAAGAGAAAACUGGAAGCUGCAGAAGAGAGACGCAAGAGCCAGGGGGCUGAAGUGCUGAAACACUUUGCCGAGAAACGAGAGCAUGAGAAGGAGGUCAUCCAGAAGGCCAUAGAGGAAAACUGCAACUUUAGCAAGAUGGCACAAGAGAAACUCAAUCAGAAGAUGGAGGCAAACAAAGAGAAUCGCACUGCACGGAUGGCAGCUCUCAAUGAGAAAUUCAAGGAGAAGGACAAGAAGCUUGAAGAAGUGAGGAAGAACAAGGAGGCAAUGAAAGAAUUGGAUAAUUAAUUUGUUUAUGUUCUGGAAAACAGUCUUUACAUCUCAAAAGAUAAGCUGUACUUUUUUUAACUGACACUUCCAUGGUAUUGUUUGUUGUGUUAGUUAUAAUUAUGCUGUUAAAUGAAAGUUGGUUAUACAAUGUUAGGUUGGGUGUGGAUAUAGUCUGACUUUUCUUGACUUGUAGAUUUCUUAUUGGCAGCUGAUUACACUGUAGUUUUUGUGGUAAGAACUAUAUGUUUCCAUUUAGAGGCAUUCCGUUGUAAUAAAUUGAUCCUUAUACUUCAUAUACUGUUGCAUCAUAUAAUAUUGUUCUAAACUGUUAGUUGAUAAUGUUGUAAAUUUGAAUAUGCUGUACGAUACCAAGGUUCUACCAUUAAAGUCUGUAUCCACAAUUGAA